AUGUCGCCAGAUGAUCAAGUGAAGAAAAAGAAAAAGUCGGUGAAGUUCGCAGAAGAAGCGCCGCCAAAAACCGUUGAGAAGCCGAAGAAAGUUAAAGGGACCAAGAAAAUCGAAGUUUCUGUGGAUUUAGGCGCUAAAGAUGUGGUUAAAGGAAGAAAAAGGAAAUAUAAGAUGAAGAAAAGUCAGGCAGAAAAAAGACAAAAGCUGAUGGAGAGUUUAGUAGGACCACAGGUUGAUGAAAUGGAUUUUGAACCAGAGCACAAAACAUUCGCAGAUUUUGGAUUGGAUGAGAGAAUUUUAAAGAGCAUUGGAGAACUCGGUUGGGAAAAAUGUACCCAAGUUCAAGAGUCACUCAUCUCACUGGCACUCGAAAACAAAAAUAUUAUGGGAAGAGCUCGUACUGGAUCUGGAAAAACUGGCGCCUUCUUGAUCCCUCUUGUCCAGAAACUCAUCGCCGAAUCCAAAACGAAUGACGGAUCUGUUGGACCAUCCGCGGUGGUGAUUGCACCAACCAAAGAACUCAUUACACAGGUCUACACGCUUUUUGUGAAGCUUUCCCAGGCCCUUCCGUUUUUGCAGGCAAUCAACCUGUGUGACAUCAAUGAGGAAGAGAGCUCUGUCUGGCUUGAAGACCGGUCCCAUGUAGUCGUGACAACACCAGGCAAGCUCUUAAGAAUGUGUGGAUUACGUCCUGAGUACUGCUCAAUAGUCAGCUAUUUGGUUAUGGAUGAAGCUGAUUUAUUGCUCUCGUUUGGUUAUGAAGAAGAAAUGAUCAAAAUCCGCAGUAAACUCCCACCAACCUAUCAAUGUGUCUUGACCUCUGCCACCUUGAAAGAUGACAUGACCACUCUGAAAAAGCUCUUUAUGACCGGACCAGUUAUCACUAUCAAGCUCACAGAAGGAGACCUCCCGAAUUCUGACCAACUCACCCAAUACCAGCUGACAUGUGGAUCCGAUGAAGAACGAUUCGCUAUUCUUGUGGCGAUGUUCAAAUUGAAGCUGAUUGUUGGAAGAUCUAUUCUAUUCGUGAAUUCUAUCGAUAGGUGCUACAAACUGAUGCUCAUUCUCCGUGUCUUCGGUCUCAAGUCCUGUAUUCUCAACUCCGCGAUGCCAGCUAACUCUCGUUGCCACGUCAUCAAUCAGUUCAACGAGGGAAGCUAUCAAAUUGUGAUUGCGUCCGAUGUCUUUGAUGCAGAUGGAUCCAAGUUGAAGGAGGAGUUGAAGGAUGCUACAGAGGAAUCAACAGAAGGAAAGAAGGACAAAAAAGAGAAAAAAGGUGGAAAGAAGUUGGACAAAGAAUCCGGAGUCUCCAGGGGAAUCGAUUUCCAUCACGUUUCCAAUGUAGUCAACUUCGAUUUCCCCGAAACCACCGAUGCCUACAUUCAUCGUGUCGGAAGAACCGCUCGUGGUUUCAACAAAGGAACUGCUCUCUCCUUCUGUACGCCACAAGAACGACAGCAUCUGGAGACGAUUCAAGAAGAGAUCAAUCAGCAAAUGGGACGAAAAGUGCUCCAACCCUACGAGUUUCGUAUCAAAGAAUUGGAUACAUUUCUGCUGAGAACUCGAGUCAUCAAGAAGGCUCGACUGAAGGAGAUUCGUCAGGAGCUCAUGCGCUCUGCCAACCUCCAAACGUUCUUCGCCAAAAACGAACGGGAGAAGCUUCUGAUGCAAACUGAUUGCCAUCCAGUCAUGCUGAAAAUCAACUCCCCAGCCAUCGCCGACGUCACCUCCUACAUGGUUCCAGAAGCGCUACGUGGCAUGGACUUCUCCGCUCCAGGCAACAAGAACCGUCGCUACAAUAUGGGACAGAAGCAUCGCCAAAAGCUGAAGCACAAGUUCCAGAAGAAAGGAAAGGAUCCACUGAAGACGUUCAAGAUCUGA